GUUUCUUUCUUUAUCAUGUCUAAACUCGUAAAUGCUUUACAACAACAGGAAGAAGAAUAUGCGAAACAUCCACCUGUUCAUUUACGGACAUCCAAAAGCUCAACGAUUCGCCAUAAUUUGUUGAGUCCAACACGUACCAAUAGUGCGUCACUUCGAGGCACAACCAGAACCAGAAAGCGCACCAAUAGUCUUACUGCUGCUGCUGCUGCUGUCAACAAAAAGGAUAUCAAACUACUACCUCACUCGAUCGAAUUCAUUCUAGCUCAAAUCGAACGACAAAACGCAAAACUCGAUGAAGACCCUAAAUCAGUCUGUAUUCAAUCCAACCAACUCAAAACUCACCUUUCGACCAUACAAACCUUGGCAGAAGAUAACUCGAGCGAUAUCGAUUGGGAGUUUUGGACAGCCCUGACAGAUGAUUUUAGUGCAGUGGCACUCAAACUGCCUCAUCUCGUCUCUGCCAAGUUACGUGCAGGUAUUCCUCCUAAAGUCAGAGGUGUGAUUUGGCAAGCCAUGUCUCAGUCUGCCUCGUUAAAUCUAGAGACAGUCUAUGGUCAGUUAGUGGCUGAAAGCUCGCCUUAUGAGCGUAUCAUUCAGCGUGAUUUGGCUCCAAGAAGGGGAUCAGGACAACAGUCAUUGGAACGUGUGUUGAAAGCAUAUAGUUUAUAUGAUUCAUUGGUUGGAUAUUGUCAAGGAUUAGCCUUUUUAGUGGGUCCUUUGUUAUUGAAUAUGCCUGAACAACAAGCAUUCUGUGUGUUUGUAAGAAUGAUGGAAACGUAUGAAAUGAGAACCAUGUUUACUCUGAAUAUGGAAGGACUUCAGUUACGUCUAUACCAAUUUGCUAAUCUGUUAGAUCAAGUCUUGCCUGAUCUAUCUGAUUUCCUUAAACUUCAUGAAGUCAAUGUGCCCAUGUAUGCCUCUCAGUGGUUUCUGACACUUUUUGCUUAUGCUUUUCCUAUGGAACUCAUUCUACGCAUUUAUGAUAUUGUGUUUGCAGAGGGAGCAGCAGAGACCAUCAUGCGUGUCUCUCUGGCUAUGCUAAAACGGUCGCAAGAGAAGAUCAUGCGUCUACGUGAAUUUGAAGACAUUCUUGAUUUCUUGAGCAACAAACUGUACGAUGCGUAUCACCAUGAUCCAUCUCAAGUGAUAUUAGAUGCUGUUGAACUCAACAGUGUCAUCACACGCGAAAAGAUGGAUCAUAUUGCAGAGACGUAUGUAUCUGAACUAGAACAAGAACAAAAGCAGACAGAACAAGUCUUGGCUGUUCGGUUUAAUUUCUGGAGCAAGAAUACAAACACAAGCAAGAAUCGCAAAAAGAAGACGAUGAGUUGGUACAGUGCACCUAAAAAGAGCAUUGAAUCGGAUCGGAUGUCGUUGCGUGAACCUGAUGUAGCACAACUUCAUCAUCAGAUUGAAGACUUGUUACUGGCUCUAUCGCAAACACAGCGAGAGACAGUGGAACUUAAAGAUAAUCUGAUGCAAGCACGAUUAGACAAGAUGGAUGUCGAAGCAGAAAGAGAUGCACUCAAGAUGACAAUAGCCAGUACAGCCUUUCAUCAACAUACGAAAUAUGAACAAGAAUGUGUUCAAUUAAGAAAAGAGAAUAGCCAAUUAAAACAAGACAAUGAAGAUUUGUUGCAUCAACAAGCCAUGUCAAAAGAUGCCUUAACAGCACUGGUUGAGCGUAUGUUGGAAAUGAAGAACAAAGUAGACAUUCUUGAACAAGAAAACAGAAAACUAUCACAAGAGUGUCAUCGAUUAGAAAAGAAAUCUUCAAGGCAGUAAUGCCGAGACAUUCCAAAGCCGUCACAACAAACGACCGGCUAUAAAUAAAUAAAACCCUUAAAUAACUCAAGA